AUGAUCUCCCCUCCUGGAAGCAGGAAUUCAGCUAUUGACGUCACGCUGGUGACCCCCGGAAUCGCCAGAAAAGCACACUGGUCAGUGAAGGAGGAAGAGUUCGGAAGUGUACACAUGAGCAUUCAUCUGGAAAUCAGCAGUGACAUCCCCAAGGUAGAAAGGACGAUAAAACGGAUCAACAAAGAAGCCCUUAUUAACCAACUAAACACGAUACGGCCGCAGUUCUUAUACUCCCCGGAAGAAAUGGUUACAGUGUUCAACGAAGCGGUAGAAAAAGCGUCGUUCAGCUUCAAAAAUAAGAAAGCAAACUUCCUCAAAACCUGGUGGACAGAUGAGAUAACAAAACUGUACACAAGCAAGCGGGAAGCUCUCAGGGAGUACAACCGACAGAAGACCACCUUAAAUUUCAUCCGGCUGAAAAAGGAAAGGGCACUGUUCAAGAAAGAAGUAAGGAAGACCAAGCGGAGACAUGUCAGGGAGUUGACCGAGAAGAUCGAUGAAUCAACCCCACCAAGGCAAUUGUGGAAUCUUGUCAAGGGGAUCGACACAGCUCUUACGGGAAACCAUAGAAAGUCAGCCGAAAUCACCCGCGAAGAGGGGAUAAACUUCAUGAACCACUACUUCCAAGGAAGAUACAGAGAGAUUCCACUGCCUGUAGUGUCCACCGAACGUUCUCUCGAAGGUUACGAGAUGGCAAUCAAGGAAGGGGAGAUACUAUCCGUCCUUCGACAACGGAAGAACCAUUCUGCUGCAGGACCAAACGGAAUGUCAUACGCCGUAAUAAAACAAUUAAAUCCGGGAAUGCAAAGCAAAAUCUGCGAAAUGCUUAGCCGAGUAUUUGUUUCUGAGGAAAUCCCGGACCAGUGGAGGUACACCGAGAUCAAGCCAAUCCCGAAGAAAACUUGCAGUCCAGACUCCCCUAACAGCAUGAGACCAAUUGCCUUGAUGAACAUCGAAAUCAAGCUGAUAAACUCUGCAAUCAAGAACAGGUUGGCAGAAAUUGCAACCAUAAAGGACUUGAUCCCCCAACUGUCCUUUGGUUUCCGGAAGCAUGUCUCGGCGUCUACUUGCAUCAAUUACGUGGUAAACUCGAUACACAAAGCAAAGGAGGAGCACAAAGAAGCUUUUGUGAUUUUUCUGGAUACUCAGUGGAAGAAGCUGCAGAUACCUGCUCAAAGUUCCUACCGCAACUUUACGACAGAUUAG